ACAGCGUUGCGUCAUAGAGUGUGUGUGGUGCCACUCGGCAUAGGCCUUUUUGAGACUGGGCUAUGCGCGUUCGGUGUGUGUGUGUGUAAGAGGGGAGGGCCAAUAGUUUGAAGAGGAGGAAAGCCCUUGCAGGCAAUGCGAUAAAGGGGCCGGGACUGUGCUACUGCUGGCUGGCCGGGAUAUAUAUACAGCCCCCACUCAAUUCGCCUUUUCAUCAGGUGGAUUCCCUGUUAUCUGGCCAGUGUGAGUCGAGGCAGCCAAGCGAGCGGUGCUAUACAUCCAGCACACACAAGACAAUCUCCCAGUUUCCAAUUGAAUUUCUUGUGAAUAAUCGACAAAAAGAAACAAGUCCCUGUGCUCUCUCUCUACUCUUUGUAUUGCAAAGGGUGCAGCAGCUAUAUAUCCACGGGUCUUUGCUCCCGUUGUUUUUCAUCUUUUUCUCGGCCGUGAGCACCAGAGCGAAACUCCCGAGAGUCGCUUUGCUGUGCCCAGUAACUCUUCUCCACCGCCCAGGUCGUCCAACCAAUCCUUUACGAAAAUUGGUCGUUUCAUGGAAUUUUGGGCGAGAAUGCGCAACGUAUUCGGCUGCGAUGAGCUCAACAAGAACCGCGACAUCUGGCGCAUGCUCAUGGCCGAAUUCGUCGGCCCGCUCUUUCUCGUCCUCAUCGGCUGCGCUUCCUGCGUCGAGGGAUGGAACGACCAGUACUCGCCGCACAUUGUCCAGGUCGCCCUCUCCUUCGGCGUCACCAUCGCAACAAUGGCCCAGGCCUUGGGACAUGUGAGCGGAGGCCAUUUCAACCCGGCCGUGACGGUGGCCUGUCUCGUGACCGGCAAAAUCUCCAUCGUCAAGUCCAUCUUCUACAUCGUUGCCCAGUGCCUGGGCGCCAUAUGUGGAGCUGCUCUUCUCCAGGCUCUGACGCCGAGCGAUUUCCACAAUACGUUGGGCGUGACGGAGAUCCACAAAGCCCUGACCCCGACGCAGGGCUUUGGCGUCGAGUUCUUCUCGACGUUCACGCUGGUCCUGGUCGUCUUUGGCGUCUGCGACGAGAACCGCAAAGACGUCAAAGGAUCGGCCCCGUUGGCCAUCGGCCUCUGCAUCGCCACCGCCAUUUUGGCCACCGGUAAUUACACUGGUGGUAGCUUGAAUCCAGCCCGCUCCCUAGGACCGGCAGUCAUCAGCAACAAGUGGGCUUAUCACUGGGUCUACUGGGCGGGACCGAUCGUCGGUGGCGUAGUGGCAGCACUCACCUACCAGAAGGCCUUCAAGGCCCGUUCGCCCGAAGAGGAAGUCGAGCUGGAAUCCUACCAGUACCGAGUCGCCAACUCGAAAGAGAGUGAGAUUAUCGCCGACCGAACGACCACCAUCUAAUAAGAAUUAAAGAUGGAAAAACAACCGUAUUAUCAUAUCAUCCCGAAUUCUUUUUUUUAUAAUUUUUCUGUCCUGUGUUGGCGGAUGAAUUUCGAACCAUUCUGUUGAAACUGAAUCAAAGCACAAUUUCCUGGCUAAAUCCGCAUUCAUUCACGAAUAAUAAUAUAACUUUCUUCGGUUA